CACAACCUAAUUGACAACAAAGAGUUGGUGAGGAUUGGUAUAUAAAGGUGGGUAGGGGCAAGCGACUUCAGAAUUUUAGUAAGCAACAACAAAUAUUGAGCUCUCUACCACACAAAACUUUUUCUUGGGAGAGACCAAAAAAACUUAACCCACCCGGAGUCUAAGCUAAGCUAUCAUGGGACGACAACCUUGUUGUGACAAACUCGGAGUGAAGAAAGGGCCAUGGACUGCCGAGGAAGACAAGAAGCUCAUCAGCUUCAUCCUCACCAAUGGCCAAUGUUGCUGGCGCGCCGUGCCCAAGCUCGCCGGCCUCCGCCGUUGCGGCAAGAGCUGCCGCCUCCGCUGGACCAAUUACCUCCGCCCUGACUUGAAGAGAGGACUCCUAAGUGAUGCUGAGGAGCAGUUGGUCAUUGACCUCCAUGCUCAUCUUGGUAACAGAUGGUCCAAGAUUGCUUCAAGAUUGCCAGGAAGGACUGAUAAUGAGAUCAAGAAUCAUUGGAACACUCAUAUUAAGAAGAAGCUUUUGAAAAUGGGGAUUAAUCCAGUUACACAUGAACCUCUCAACAAGGAAGAAACAAAGCCAACAAGUGAUGACCAAUCCUCAACUUUGCCAGAAUCAGACCAAAAAAAUGGUCAGCAGCAGGUACAAGUUGUACCCCAGAGUACAACUCAAGUAACCACCUCAGAAGAGCAAAGCUCUUCAUGCUCACCCACUGAAAACUCCUCCUCUUCCACCGCCACCACCACCACAGAGGUGGUGGUCGUCCUAGACGCCGUGGGCGGCGGCGAAGACGACGACCCACUGCUCAGCUCCCUGCUGGAAAACCAUGCUCCCAUGGCAGAUGCGGCGCAGUGGGACCUACCACUGUCCGACAACCAGCCGCCAUUAAUCUUCGACGAAAACCAUGAUCUGAGCAUGCCAACGUUGUUGGACGACAACUUCGGGUGGCUAUUUAACUGCCAGGACUUUGGGAUCCAGGAUUUCGGAUUCGACUGCCUCAACGACCCAGAAAUGCACAUUUUCGACACGGUAGACUCUGGGAAUGACCACAACAAGUAACUUAAUUAGUUACCAUAAUUAAUUUUAAUUUCACUGAGGAGAUCGAGAUAGUAAAUUAUGGUUCAAGAAAAAGUAGGUAGGUAGGUAGUAGAGGGAAAGUAAUCGAUGACGACGAGGAUUUUAAUUGCUCUACUACAUACAACAUACUUAGUGGUCAUGUUAUACAAAGGUAUCAUGAGACCUGGGUGAUGAAGUUAAGGUAGAUUUUGAGAUAAUGUAGUGUGGAUGGGUAGAAUAUUCGUGAAGUGUCCAUGCCAGGCCAAGUGAAAAAACAUUGCCCACUUUUGUGGUUUUGGACCAACCAACCAACCAAAUUAGAGAGCUGAGCCAUACCAAAAUCAAGAAACAAGAAAUAUGUAGGUUGUACUACUCCUAUAUGCCAAGGAUGGGGACAAGCACUUUGAGGCAAAGUAAUAGGAGUGGCCAUGUGUAUAGAUGUGAAAAGAAAGAAAAAGAAAAAAAUUCCCUUUUUUCUUAUGUUAUAUGUGAAAUAUAUAUGAUGUGAUGAACUUGAUCUUGUUGUUGAUAUCAAUAAAUAAACAUAUUUCUUUUCUAUGUGCA